UAAGCACAUAUCCGCAGAGGAUAUUUUAUGUUCAACCCCUUAAUCCCCGCAUCAAUUUUCCCAUUGCCUUUAAAUUUUGUUGAAAAGAGAGGAAACACAAAAUAGCAUUUUUUUUCGGUGAAGAAAGAUUCGAUCUCUUUCGCUAGAAACGGGACUGAAUGGCGAUCCAAUCAGUGAAAGUAGGCAACGUUUCUUUGGGUGCAUCUGAGCAAGAUAUUAAGGAGUUCUUUUCGUUCUCUGGUGACAUCGAACAUGUCGAAAUGCAUGGCAAUAACGAGCGAUCACAAGUUGCAUAUGUUACUUUCAAGGAUCCACAGGGAGCAGAAACUGCUGUUCUUCUUUCAGGGGCGACAAUUGUAGAUCAAUCUGUUACCAUAGAGCUGGCUCCGGAUUACAAGCCACCUGCUACUGCCUCUGCAACACCUGCCACACAGAACAAAGAGGCCGGCCAGGCCGAAUCUGCUGUCCAGAAGGCAGAGGAUGUUGUAACCAGCAUGCUAGCCAAGGGUUUCAUUCUUGGCAAAGAUGCAGUGAACAAAGCAAAGGCCUUCGAUGAGAAGCAUCAGUUCACAUCAACUGCUACUGCCAAAGUUGCUUCUCUGGACCAGAAGAUUGGUUUUACUGAGAAAAUUAGUGCUGGCACAACCAUGGUGAAUGACAAAGUGAGGGAAAUGGACCAGAAGUUUCAGGUUUCCGAGAAGACCAAGUCCGCGAUUGCUGCUGCCGAGCAGACAGUCAGCAGUGCGGGUUCUGCUAUAAUGAAGAACCGUUAUGUAUUGACUGGAACCUCGUGGGUCACUGGUGCAUUUAACAGGGUUGCUAAAGCAGCAGGUGAUGUGGGGCAGAAGACAAAAGAAAAAGUUUUGGCUGAGGAGGAAGAAGCCCACAAAUCAAAGGGGUAUGCAAGGAUGGACGAAUGCGAAUCUCCCAAAGCUGGUGCUCCCUCAUCGGCACAAGGUCUAAUCCUUUAAUUUGCCAAAAAAGGACUGUAAAUACCAGCAAUGGAAGGUAUGGAUCUUGCCAUCGGAGAUGUGCUUUCUGGUUUGGACAAUAGUUUAAAAACUUAAAUGUAGGACAGUUUGUCACAUAUUGUUUGAUAUGUUUGGUAUAUUCAACUUUAAAUGAUAAUAAAAAAAAAUGACACUGCAAACAAUUCAGCAUCAA